GGACCAUUGCCUUGUCUGUCGGUUUGUUAGUGCUGUAGCUGGAAACUUCAUGCUAAAGAGAAACUCCUUUUAUUGCAACAUAUAGAAGAAGCCAGCCCUAAAUGGCAGAUCAGUAAUGGAAACUACUGCAAAUUGUAUAUCCGCUUCCACAGAGGACGAGGACGAUGUCGUUGAUGAUGAAAUAUGGUGUUUACAACGAAUUGGGAGAGAAACAGAUUGGCUCCGUUUAUUCGAAAAUGUGGAGGUUACCAUUGGACGUGGUUUGGAUGUUACUCAUCGGUUAUUAUCCGUGACAUGUCCUCUCAUGAUAUCGAGGAAGCACUGUAUUUUCAAACAAACUGCCAGUGGUCAAUGGACAGUAACUGACAAUAUGAGUGUGAAUGGUGUGUGGGUGAACAAGGACCGAAUACCUGCUGGAGUGCCUCAUGUUGUGGAGGAGGGUAACACCAUUUGGAUUGGGGUGCCCUUGAGUGACUCCCCAGUAGAAUAUGAAUACACACUGGUUCGCCGAAGCCUGCAGGAGGUGGAAGGCUGCCUGGCCAAGCCACUCUGCCCCGGCGUGUGCUCUUACAAGGUCAUCAAGCACAAGAUUGCCAAACGGAAACGUCCCGUGGACGAAUCCGACGUGUGCGCCUCACCCAGCUCCAAAUCGAAGCUGCAACGCAGCUGCGCUUCCAACCAAUCCCCUGUCCAGCGCUCCCCUUUACAGCCCCUUCUGCACCCUGAGAGGACUCCCUGCCCCGCCGGGGCUUCGCAGGAGGCUGGGCCCAGCAAGGUGGCCUCGCUUGCCCCGGGCAAGACUCUUGCAGGGAGUGGACCAAGCAGCCCCUUGGUCCUGGAGGUGGGCAGCCAGGAGCUGGAGAGCAGCGUGCGACACUACAGCCACAUGCAGGCGCUGAAGGAGCAGGUGGAAGACACGCAGAAGCAGGUGUACGCCCUGGAGGGCCGGCUGCAGCAGGACUCCCAGAGGGAGCAGGAGGUGAGCGGGCUGCGUGGCCAGCUGGAGGUGCUCAGGGGCCAGCUGCGCAGCCAGCAGAAGCAGGCCCUCAGCCGCAUGAAGAGCCUGGAGAAGACCUAUUGUGACGAGGAGCGGAGACUGGAGUUGGAAAAAGCGCAGCAACAGGAGGACGGAUUGAGGAAGCAACUGGAGCAAGCUUUACAAGAACACCGAAAAGUUAUUGAAGAACUGAAAAACUCUUGCCAAGGUUUCGAGGAGAUUCUACAGGCCAAAGACAAAGAGCUAGAGGAGGAGAAGGAGAAAGCCAAGGCUCAGAAGGAGGAGGUGGUGACCCAGAUGACUGAGGUACUGGAGAGCGAACUGCAGUGCAUCAUCUGCUCUGAGCUCUUCAUCAAGGCCGUGACCCUGAACUGCGCCCACAGUUUCUGUCUGCACUGCAUCCGUUCGUGGCGGCAGCGCAAGGACGAGUGUCCCAUCUGCCGGCAGGCCAUCAGCUCCGAGGCACGCUCCCUGGUGCUGGACAACUGCAUUGACCGCAUGGUGGAGCAGCUGAGUGCCGACAUGAAGCAGCGCCGCCUUGAACUCAUCGCCCAGAGGAAAGCCCGCACUCCAGCAACCCCUCCCCGGCGGUCGAAGAACCGCCACGGCAGCCCCCACCACGGCAGCCACCGCCUCAGCAGCGACGAUCCCGACAGCGGCGACGAUAGCAGCAUCAGCAGCGCCAACAGCAGCAUCGGCUUCCCGUUCUUCGGCACGGAGGACAGCUGGGACAGCAGCCUGUCCUCCUCGUCCUCCUCGUCCUCCUCUGGCAGGAGCAGCAGAGACAGCACCUCUUCUCCCAUCUUCUCCUCAGACGAGGACGAGGACGAGGAUCGGGAUUUGUUUUAGCCCUUCAUUUCCACCAUGGUGGGGUUCUUCUGGCACGACUUUACCUCAUGAUUUUUUGUUCGUCUGUUUGGUAUGUUUUUUUUUUUUUGUAUUGUAUUGUUUUGUUUUGUUUUUUUGUUUUUUGUCUCCAGAGUUUUUGUCUGAGAGGAUGAAUGUUAGCUGAAGCAGAAGGUAAGCCUCAAUGAGGAAGAAUACAUGCAUUCAAGAGACCUUUGAGACCUAUUUGUUGUUGUUGUUUUUCAUUAUUAUUAUUUUUUUUAUGUUGAUUUAUUUUCUUAUUGCAGUGUUAGAUUGUCAUAAAGAUUUUAUCUGGGUGUUCAUAUCACGUUAAAUAUUGUGUUAGCCGAAUAAAGCUACUUAUUUAUGCAGCUA